AUGAGCACAUGUGAAUAAAUAGGCUUUAUCGUUAAAAAAAAUCUGCUUGUCAGUCUUAGAAAUAAAGAGUUCUUGAUCGAAUCUAUUCUACCUAUUGUUGUGGCUGGUAUGCUAUCACUAAAAGGUACUUUAAAAUCAAUAUGAAAUUUAGCUUAAUUGCAAGCUAUUCAAUAGUUGAUGCCUUUACUCUAUAGUAUUGCUUUGACUUCAACAUAAAGGUCAAUGUUAAUAAAAUUAGUCGAAGAGAAAAGCAAGAGGUACAAAGAACUUUAGAAGGUAAAGUAUUUAUAAUAAUGUAAGAUUAUGGGAAUGAAUGAAAAAGCUUAUACAAUAGGAUGGAUCUUAACAGGAUAUAUAAGGAUAGGAAUAGUAAUUGUAUGAAUUAAUAAUCUAGUCCGUGAUUAUUUUUGAACUGUGCUGGUUAAUAUUUAAUGCUAUUUUUAAUAUAAAUUGGGAUGAAGAAUUUCAUGUAUCAUUUAGUAAUAUGUUGUGGCCUUACAUUUUAUUUGCAUAUGCAGUAAGUAUUUAAGAAUAAUUUUAGGCUAUGAAUUAGAAUUUCUUAUUAUCAAGCUUAUUUAAUGAAGUUAAAAUUGCAGGUGAAAUGUAGUCAUUUUUAUAAAUUGCAUUUACCUUUUUUAUUUACUUUUCAUUUGUUGAAAAUGUAGCUAAUAAAGUUGCCUUUUAUAUUAUCAUGACAAUAAUAAGUCCAUAAUGUGGUAUAGCCUUUUCUUACAUUUCUUCUAUGAAUUCAGAAAUAGGAGCAGACUUAACAAAAUUAAAUUUAUUUCCAACAACAACUAUUAGUGAUACUUAUCCAACUUCAUUAGCAGGUCUAUAAUAAGCAAUUUAAUUUGUUGUUUAUUUCAUCAUAUUUAUUUAUUUUGAAUAAGUGAUUCCUAAUGAAUAUGGAAUUGCUAAACAUCCAUUAUUCUUUUUAAACAUUUCAUCUAAUAAAAAAAGAAUUAAAAUUUAGGAUAAGUAAAAUAACGUAUUUUUGUAAUUAAAUGAAAAUGAUACAGAAAGUAGUUCUGCCAUGUAUAAUGAAGAUAUAAAAAUGACUAGUCCUCCAAGUAUUAUAAUUAAGAAUCUUCUAAAGAAAUUUGGAGAUUUGAAUGCAGUUGAUAAUAUUAGUUUACAUCUCUAUGAAUCUUAAAUAUUUUGUUUACUUGGACAUAAUGGAGCAGGUAAAACAACAGCAAUUAGUUUAUUGACUGGAAUGAUUUAAAAAACAUCUGGAUAGGUUAGUAUGUAUGGAAUGAAUCUAGAUACAUAAUUAGAAACAAUUAGAAAAUCAUUAGGAUUAUGUACAUAAAAAGAUUGUCUUUAUAAUGAUUUAACUGUAAUUGAACAUUUAGAAUUCAUUAGCGGAAUUAAAGGUAGAUUAAAUAAAGAUGAAAUAAUAUAAAUUUUGUAAAAGACAGAGUUAUUAGAAGAAUAGAAUAAAAAGAUAUUAGAGCUAUCUGGAGGAUCUAAAAGGAAGUUAUCUUUGGCUAUGAGUUUAGUUGGAGAUUCAAAAAUAAUAUUUUUAGAUGAACCUACAUCUGGUAUGGAUGCAUAUUCUCGUAGGGCAAUAUGGAAUAUUUUAGAAAGAAUUAGAGAAGACAAAAGAACUAUUAUUUUAACUACACAUCAUUUGGAUGAAGCAGAGUUAUUAGCUAAUAGAAUUGGAAUAAUGUCUAAAGGAUAAUUACUUGCUGUAGGAUCUUCAGAUUUUAUUAAAAGGAAAUUUGGAGAAGGAUAUAAUUUGAAAUUAUCUUUUGAUAAUAAUAAUUUAAGAAAUCAAAUUUAUGAUAAAGUUAAUGAAAUGAUUCCUAAUUGUUUUUUAGAAACAUAACAUUCAAAUGAAAAUAAAUUAGUAUUUAAUAUUCCUUUUGCUUCUAAAGGAAAAUUAGGAAAUUUAUUUUAUAAUUUAGAGUCAUUAAAUGUUAAAAUAGGAUUGGAAAUGAAAACUUUAGAAGAUGCAUUUGUUAAAAUUGGAUUGGAAGAUGAAAAAAUACAUUUGAAUUAUGUUAGAAAAAGUGAAAUUAAAUAAGUUAAAUAAAGUAUGGGUAUUAUAGCUGAAAAUGAUGAAGAUACAAAUAAUUUAAUUGAAAAUGAAGAUUUUCAUAGUCUUCCAAUAAUUUAAGAAUUCACAGAAGAAAAAGAACUUAAUUAAAAUAUUCCAGAAUGUCUUAAAAAUGAUCCUCAAUAUAAAUUAAGUUCAUAAAUAUAUGCUAUAUUUUUAAGGAGAUAUUAUACUGUAACAAGAACAAGUACUAAUUAUUUCUCUAUUAUAAUACCUAUGUUAACAUUUAUUUUAGGAAUGACAACUGUUGCAGGAGUUGAUUUUGAUGAAAUAUUAAAAAAUGUUUUCCCAGAAAUGGAUCAUAAUAAUUUAGAAGAGGCUGUUGAAUUUUUCAAAAUAUCAUUAUUGAGUAGUUGCAGCGUUUUAGCAUUUUGCUUUAAUGCUACAGUUUAUAUUACAUAACCAGUUUUAGAGAAAGAAACUUAUUUGAAAUAAGCUUUAAUAGGUAUGGGAUGUAGAACUUUUCCAUAUUGGGUAGGAACUUUAAUAUUUGAUUACCUUAUAUAUCUAUGCUUUGUAGCAUUAUUUUACAUUAUAUCAGCUAUUCUAAAUUUAGAAAUUGCAUUUAAAUACUUAGGAGCUGGAUUAUCCUGCUAUAUACUUUUUGGAUUUAGCUAUAUACUUUUUGCUUAUUUAAUGGGAUUUUUAUUUAAAUCUUUAGAAAAUGCAUUAAAACUAUAUUCUAUGUUUUGUUUUUUUGUGAAUUUCUGUGUUCCUUUUAUCCUUAUAGCAUUUAUAGACUUUUUUUAUCAAAAAUUUACUAGUGCUAUUGCAGAACAACUUAUUUACAUAUUCCAAGUUCUUUUUGUUCUAGUAUCUCCUUUUUAUGCAUUUUUUGAAGCUUGUACAUUUUUAGCUGAUAAUUUUUAGAAAAUAUAUGAUCUCAACUUAUAUACUACACCUUAAUUAAUAUAAAGAACUUAUGCAUUUUAAUUGGUAUUAUUAGCAUAAAUCAUUUUUUAAGUAAUAGUUCUAUACUUAAUUGAAUCUAAAAGUUUAAUUUUACCUACUGUGAUAAAUGAGGGAUAGUAGAAAUUAAAUGAGAAUUUAGAAUAGGAAAUAAUUGAUGAAAGGAUUAGAAUAGAAAAGGGAAAUAUCUCUGAUCCUAUUAUUUGUAAAAAUUUAGAGAAGGAAUAUAUAAAGGAUAAGCCUACACUUUAGAAAUUGACUUUUGGAGUAAAAUAAGGAGAAAUAUUUGGAAUUAUUGGUCCAAAUGGAGCUGGAAAAUCUACACUUAUUAAUGUAUUCACUGGUAUUAAUACUCCAACUUAAGGUGUUGCAUUAAUUAAUGGUGCUGAACCUAAAUAAAGAAAUUAAGAAAUUAUGUAACAUGUUGGAAUCUGUCCAUAAUUUGAUUGCAUUUGGGAAAAUUUAACACCAAUUGAACAUUUAUAAUUAUUUGGUAGAAUUAAAGGAUUAAAUGGAAAUGAUUUAAAAUAAGCUGUUGAUUAUUUUAUCAAAACUAUGUAACUUGAUUUGUUUGUAAAAACAAAAGCUGGGUAAUUAAGUGGAGGAAAUAAAAGAAAAUUAUGUGUUGCAGAUGCUUUAAUUGGAGGAAGUGAUAUUACAUUUUUUGAUGAACCAAGUACUGGUGUAGAUCCAAUAUCAAGAAGAUUUUUAUUUAAUACAUUAUAAAGAAAUAUAUAAUUAAGAAAUUGUUCUGCAAUUAUGACUACUCAUACUAUUGAGGAGGCUGAAAGUUUGAGUUAAAGAAUUGGAAUUUUGAUAGCUGGUUAAUUCAAAUGUUUAGGAACUCCUUAAUAUUUGAGAUAGUAAAUUUAUUAUUAAUAAUUAGAAAAUAUAGUAAAGGUUAUCAAAUAUCGGUUAAAUUCAAUAAUGUGGAUGAGCAUUAAGUUUAGGAUAUUGUUAAUUCAAUUUAAUAAGAAUUUCCUACUAUUAAUAGAUUAGAUGAUAAAAGAGUAGGAUUUAUGACAUUUUCAAUAAAUGACUUAAGCUUUAGCUUUUAUAAAACGUUUUAAUAUUUUGAAAGAUAAAUAUAAAACGGGAUCAUUGAAGAUUUCUAAAUUAAUGAAAGGUAAUUAUACUUAAUUAUAUUUUAGUUCUCUUGAAUAAAUAUUUAUUCAUUUUAGUAGAAUUUAAUAAGAAAUAAAUGAAUAGGAAGGAGUAAUCUUUGAUUGA